CGCGCACGGCUAGUGAAAUUUAGUUGCAUUAUCUCAGUACAUCAUACGUUAGGGAGGCAAUUUUGUUUAAUAACUUAUUCAAACCCACAUCUAGAAUCGACCAGUACCAACUUUGUACCUUGUGCCGAAUUAAGACGUUGCUAUCAACAACCCUACGAUGGAUGUGCAAACCACUAACGGCGAACCUCGUAGUAAUGCAGAAGCGAAGAAACUCAUGCGGGAAGACAAGCAGCGUGAGGCCAAGAUUGAGGAACAGCUGUCCAAGGCACUCAGUGGUAUGACACUGGACGAAAAAUAUACCGCCGUUCACAAACGGUUGGUUGAUUCGGAAAAGGAAAACCGUCGCCUGGUGGCACUGCACAAGCAGUACGAUCGUACGCUGGAAGCGUCCAAGCGUGAGAAGGAAAAUCUUAUCCUCGAGCACGACAAAAUGGCCAUGACCAAAACGAAGCUGGAAGGCCUGUGCAGGGAGUUGCAGCGUCAGAACAAAACGAUCAAGGACGAAAGCCUGGCGCAGAUACAUCAGGAGGAAGAAAAGCGGAAACAGACGCAAGAAAAGUUCCAGCAGUCGCUGAACGAAAUACAGGCCGUCAUGAACGAGAACAAUGACAAGAACAUGAAGUUAAAGGAGGACAACAUGGAAAUGGCAAAAAAGUUCAAGUUUAUUCUGGAGCAGUAUGAACUUCGCGAUCAGCAGAUGGAUAAAAUGAACAAACAGAUGGAACUAGUCACUCAGCUGAACGAUGCCAAGCUAGCCAAGCUGCAGAUGCAGGCGAAUGGGGAAAAGGAACAGUUCCUAGCAGAGAAGCUAGUGCUAAUGACUGAUCUGCAGAAGGUGAAAAAGCAGCUGGCCGAUCUGCAAACUGUCGAGACGCAUCUACGCGGACAGGUCAGCAUGUACUCCGACAAGUACGGCGAGUUCCAGGAUUCUCUGAAGAAAAGCAGAAGCAUUUACGAGGGAUAUCAAGAGGACAUGAAAAAGAUGUCGAAAAAAAUGAAAACCCUCGAAAAGGAAACGAUGGCGUGGAAGUCGAGAUGGGAAACGAGUAAUGCCACCGUGCAGAAGAUGCUGGACGAACAGAUCGAUCGUGAAAAGCAGCUCACCAAAACGACCCGCCAGCUGUGUAAUUUGCAAAAACUUUGCCGCACACUGCAGGCCGAACGGGCCACAUAUUUGGCUGCGCUAAAGGAAGGCAACAUACCGAUACCGUCCGAAGUGGCAGACCAGGCGGAACAUGAUAAAGCGACCGCCGAAAAGACCGAAGCCGUCCAGCAGGAGGUGCCGACCAAAAAGCCACAAACCAAUGAUAAUCAAGUGAAUGGCCAUGGGACGGCUACUGAUGAUACAGCAGCACCCGCAACGGUGGACCAAACGAAGGCGAUGGAGUUACCGGCGUCAACGUAGUGUCACGUAGGGGCACGGGUUCGGGUUUGAACUGCAUCCUCCCCAUCCACUGUUUUACUCCUCUACAAUCCUCUUCAAGUCAUUGCAUUGUUUUUGUUUUAAUUUAUCGCACACCGCGUUUUGUGUUUUGAUACGUGAAAUUAUAUCUACUUAUUGAUGUCGAAUUUUCGUACUUCUUUCUUCGCAUAUGCAAAACCAACCUUAAACGAUAAUGGAAUAAAUCUUACCCGCAUAACAGCGGCGGAUCAACG